AUGGCCACCCCCAAUGUUCUUACUUUUGACGCUGAGGGGAGGGCCAUUGACUUUGCCGUCUGGAUUGAAGACCUGCAGCUGUACUUACUGUGUGAUGCGAUAGAUGAGGUCUCUCUCUUUGACUUUGUCUCUGGCGCUGUCCCUGCCCCACCUGCUGAUGCUGACUCUGCCGUUCGCUCCAAGUGGGCGACCCGCGAUGCUGCUGCACGUCUUGCUGUGCGUCGCCACCUCCCUUCCUCUGAGCGUGCCCACUUUAGUCAGUGCAAGACCGCUCAGGCCUUGUACGACGCUGUAGUUGCACGCUACUCCUCCCCUUCCUCCGCUACCCUUAGCCGCCUCAUGCUACCGUUUCUCUUCCCUGACCUCGCUUCCUUUCCCACUGUCGCUGACCUCGUUACCCACCUCCGUGCUAGUGACACCCGCUACCGCGCUGCCCUUCCUGCUGAGUUCCGCGCUGCGAACCCUCCUCCCAUGUACAUCACUCUCUACUUUCUCGUCACCCGUCUCCCUGAGUCCCUUCGUGUCGUUAGGGACCAGUUUCUCUCUGUCUGUCCCACCACUCUCACUGUCGACCUCCUUGAGGAGUCCCUGCUAGCGGCUGAGAAGAGUAUUGUCGCUGUAGGGGCCUCUCGGGGUGACCCUCGCACCCCCAUCUUUGAGGGGUGUGGUCCUUCCCCCCUGCUGCCCUCUGUCGCCUCUGCCGCUGCGGCCGACCUCACUGGUUUUGAGUCGGUCGGCGCGGCGUCUGCCCCCAGUGGCAGACGUCGCUCUGGCAAGGGCAAGGGGGGCAAGGGAGCGGGUGGAGCUAGAGGGGGCGGUGGAGGAGGCGGUGGGGGUGGCGGGGGGAGUGGGGGUGGCGGUGGGGGUGGUGGCGGGAGUGGAGGUACUGGUGGCGGCGGUGGAGGCGGAGGUGGCGGCGGAGGUGGUAGCGGAGGAGGCGGUGGGAGCGGUGGGAGCGACGGUCCUGGUGGGGGAGGUGGAGGUGGAGACGGGGGUGGCGGUGGAGGCGGGGGUGGCGGUGGAGGCGGGGGUCGGAGUGGCUCGUCCCAGCGGAGCAGCUCUGGGGGUGGUCAGCGCCAGCAGCAGCAGCAGCAGCAGCCGCAGCAGCAGCCGCAGCAGCAGCAGCGCUCUCGCACCGUCCCCGCCCCUCAGCAGCUCCGUGAGUGGUAG